GGUGAUUUUCAAUUUUUAAGAACAAGUGGACAAACUACAAAAUUGCGUUGGCGGUGACCCAAAUAAGUAAAUCCAUGCUUUUCGCCUACCACCACCAACCCAUUUUUCUUUUGAUUUUCCUUUUCGAGAUACCAACGCCACCAACCAAAACUUGGUGGAAGUUGAAACCGAUCACUGAGGCGCGUCACCGCGUGAGUGGCCACCAGGUAUCCAGAUUCAUCAGAGCACAGCUUCCCCGCCUACUCCAUAUUUUCUGGAACAGCCUUCCACGCGCCACGGUGUCAAACAAGGCGCAAUGGAGCUUGCAUCUUCUACUUACGGUCAAAUGGCCAAACUGGGAAGGUGGCAUGUAUAAUGGCGAUGAAAACAAGCGAUUGGAUGCAUUACGAUUAGCCAUUGAGUUAGGAGCUGAUUAUAUCGACAUUGAACUUAAGGUUGCUCGUCAGUUCUAUGACUCCAUACGUGGAAAAGAACUCAACAAAACCAAGGUUAUUGUUUCAUCACACAACUACCAAUACACUCCAUCAGUUGAGGAUCUUGCCAACCUUGUGGCAGAGAUACAAGCAACCGGGGCAGACAUUGUGAAGUUUGCAACAACUGCCUUGGAUAUCACUGAUGUAGCACGCAUUUUUCAAAUAACAACACAUUCUCAAGUAAGCCACGUUCCAAUUAUUGCACUUGUUAUGGGUGAUAAGGGCUUAAUUUCACGUAUACUUUGUGCAAAAUUUGGCGGGUAUCUCACUUUUGGCACCCUUGAGGCUGGACUAGUUUCAGCUCCUGGUCAACCAACCAUUAAGGAUCUGCUGCAUCUAUACAAUUUCAGACGAGUGGGUCCUGAUACAAAAGUACUCGGCAUUAUUGGAAAGCCAGUCAGCCACAGCAAAUCACCCAUAUUGUAUAAUGAAGCCUUCAAAUCAAUAGGUUUUGAUGCUGUUUACGUUCAUUUACUGGUUGAUGACCUUGCCAACUUUCUCCGGACUUACUCAUCCACUGAUUUUGUAGGAUUCAGUGUUACCAUUCCUCACAAGGAAGCUGCACUUAAGUGCUGUGAUGAGGUUGACCCAGUGGCUAAGUCAAUAGGAGCAGUGAAUUGCAUUGUAAAGAGAUCUACUGAUGGGAAGUUGAUUGGAUAUAAUACAGAUUAUGUUGGUGCCAUUUCUUCCAUUGAGGAUGGUCUACGAGCUAAGGAUCAUAGCAAGACAGCUGCUUCACCAUUAGCAGGUAAGCUGUUCGUUGUGAUUGGAGCUGGUGGUGCUGGGAAGGCACUUGCUUAUGGUGCAAAAGAAAAAGGAGCAAGGGUUGUGAUUACCAACCGCACCUAUGAUCGUGCCAGAGAACUCGCUGAUAUGAUCGGAGGAGAAGCUCUAGCCCUUGCUGACUUGGAUAAUUAUCACCCGGAGGAUGGCAUGAUUCUAGCCAACACAACAUCAAUCGGAAUGCAACCAAAAGUUGAUGAAACACCAAUAUCUAAGCAUGCUUUGAAGUAUUACUCCCUGGUUUUUGAUGCCGUCUACACCCCCAAAAUGACUAGACUGUUGAAGGAAGCUGGAGAGUCGGGAGCUACUAUUGUAACAGGAUUGGAGAUGUUUUUAGGACAGGCUUGUGAACAGUAUGAGAAAUUUACUGGAUUGCCAGCACCUGAGGAGCUUUUCAGAAAAAUUUUGGCAGACUACCAAUGAGGUUCGCAAGACUCAACCACAAUUGACCAUGUUUCACCACGUUUUCAAGUUCUAGUAUUCCACUUCAUCCAAUUGGGUUGACUUUGUUUUGGAAUGGAAAUUAGUGGUGGAUAUGAUUGCUUCUCUGGCUUUUAAAUUACUUGUGAUCAGUAUAUGCUACGACUUCCAUUUUCCUCUACUUUCUAAGAAAAUUGAUUUUUUUUUUUCGUCUUUUUGAGAAGCACUAAUUAGUUUUUUGCUCUCAAAGUCACUGUAAUAGUAAAUAAUGCAUAGUGCUUCUUAUGUAGCUACCUCCAUUGAUGUAUCUUAUAUCUGUUUGAGAAUUUGUAUUUUCUGUGUUUUAUGCAAUAUCUUGAGCUAUGACCGCAGAUCUUAUUAA